AUGGGUGGGAAGGACAGCGUGGAAGUCACGGUCAAGGUCGCUUUCGGACAUGCCGUCCGGGAGGGGGCCACGGUGCAGAGCGCGAAAGUCAGCCUUGCCUCCGAUGGCAGCGACUCCGUGCACGAUCUCAAGUCCAAGACCGCUGCUGCGCUGGGGGGCAGCGUGACCGCGGAGGAUCUGCUGCUCUCCUUCGGGCCCAACGAGCGUAAGCUGGGCAGGCAGUACGUCGGGGACCCCACCGUGGACGAGAAGGCCCUGCUCCUCAGCGCCUACACCAUCCUCGCCUGGCUACAGCGGUUCCCGCACUGGUACCUCACCGCACGGCUCUUGCCACCCCCGCCCCCACCCCCAGGUGUGGCCAUCCAGAAGGCAGCUGCGACGGCGGAGCAGAAAGAUCCCGACGCCGCUGUGGCCGAUGCUCGGGCCAAAGGGGACAUCCCAAAGAUCAGCGACCUGCCGCUGCCCUGGGGUCCCAAGCCCUUUGUCCCCCCCCCUGCUGCAGAGCUCAUUGCUGCAGGUUACCUCCCUCCCCGGUACCCAGAGUCCAGUUCCCCGCUUGUCGAUUGCUGA